AUGUCAUCAUCAGCCUCGCCUCCUCCCCCUCCAGCACCGCCAGCACCGCCAACCCCUCCAGCCUCAGCCACACAACAAGCCCCUACAGCUCCAAUUACUGUGUUAUCAUUCUUCCCUCCAGUGCCUGUUGUGAACGUACCCUUGCAGAUAGCCUACGCCGAGAAGUCGGCCAGAAGACAUGAUAGCUACACGCGUCUGGACCGCGCACAACUAGACAACAUCAAGUUGUUCAUCGAUGAUGUCGAGAUCGUGGACACGGAAACGGGCAUUGCGACACAGCAAUCGACCAAGCACAAGUCGUCCUCUCCAUUCCAUUCAAUAUCCAAGUGGCUGCAUGGUGGAAAGGACCAUCACAGUGGAUCGGAUGCAUCUCGCGAGACACCACUUGUCGUCGCAUUGGACAAUGCCAUCUUUGUGCCAACUGUUGCGCACGAGGGCAAGCGUCUUCGCGCCACAUUCACAAUCCGCAAGAAGCCAUUUGAAUUGGCGGCCACGAUCAUGUAUCGCACAUCUCGCACGCUGAUCAAUAGCGAGGGCUUCACAGACAAUGACGCGUCAGAGGUCGAGGGCAAGAACACAACGUUGCGCAUCAUACAGUACAAUAUAAUGGCCGAUUGCUACACAUCUGCCCAGCGCUACACCGACUGCCCGCCAUACACACUCUAUCGUCCAUACCGCCAGUGGAUCCUGCCCGAGUAUGUCAACGAGCAUCACGCCGACAUACUAUGCAUGCAGGAGGCCGAGGUGCGUCUGACGCGUCUUCGCGAGAAGCUGGCAGAGUGGGGCUACGCGCACACCACCCUCAGCGACCUGAGCAAAUACCAAGAGGAACAAUCUACACUGGGGACAUCCAGACUUUGA